CUAGUGCUUAUGAUUAUUUAAUAAUUUUUUGUCUUGAAUUAUGAUCGUGAAUUGUAACUAAUAAAGUUAAUUGUUUAAUAAAUACUUUCGUAUAGAGUGAAAUCGCUAUAAAAUGAAUAUAAAUAAGAAGAAAUUGACAUUAAAUAUUACAUCUGAGAUGUCUUUGCCUAGUAUAAAACAAUUAGCUAGCAUUGAAACAGGUAUGUUACAAAACGACUUUUUCUUGAUGUAUAAAGGAAAAAUUUUGAAUGAAAAUACAGUUCAAAAUGAUAUUAUAUAUAUUGUACCUCGGUUACUGGGAGGCAAGGGAGGAUUUGGUUCAAUGCUACGAGCAAUUGGUGCACAAAUUGAAAAAACAACUAACCGUGAAGCUUGUCGAGAUCUAAGUGGACGUAGGUUACGUGAUAUCAAUGAAGAAAAACGAGUGAAAGAUUUUUUAGCCAAAGGAGGUCCUAGCACAGAUGAUCCAGAAGAGCGUAAAAAACGCAAAUUACAACGCCUAUGUCAAGCACCCAAAACAGAAUUUAAAGAUGAACAUUAUGAAAAGCAAAUGUCUGAAAUGACAGAAUCCGUAUCAGAUGCAAUAGAGUGUGGUUUUAAAGCAGGCACAUCAGAAAUUCCAAUUAAGAAAAAAAUUAAAUCCAAGGUAUAUUUUGAUUCUGAUUUGGAUACAGAUAGCAGUUGUGAUGAAUUAGAUGAAGAAAAUGUAUCUACUGAGUCGACCAAAAAAGAACAAUCAGAUAAGGAACUAAAAGAAACAGAAAAUGUUAAUAAACGUAAAAGUUUAGAUUUAGAAAAUAGUGAUACUAUUACAAUAAAAAAAAUUAAAGCUUAACAAUUUUUAAAUAAAAUUAUACUAUAAUUUAUACAUAAUUUUCAAUUUUAAUUAACAUUAAAAACUGUUAAUUUUUGUUAAGGCAUAUAAACAAUGAUUUUCAAAAAUAAAUUUAACUUGAAUUUAUGAUAUUUUCAAUGACUAUCAUAUCAAUGUAAAUUUAAAUAAUAUAUAGGUUAGUUAAUGGUUUAAUCCUAAUAAUACUAAGAGCACAUAUAUAGUAGUUUAAGAUAAAUUUAGUUAAAUUAUGUCUUAUAAUAUUUGUUUAAAAUAAACUUUUUAUUUCAAUUUUUAA